AUGGAAACAAAAUCCUUCACAAUCCCAUUCCCCAAAUCAGACAUACCAUGCUGCAUCCAAACACCACCAGCACCAUCAACCGACACAAUAGGAAUCAUCCUAGCACAUGGCGCAGGCGGUGACCUAAACUCUCCCGCAAUGGCGUCCCUCGCCACAACACUCACCAAACACAAUUUCACAACACUGCGCUUCACUGCAUCAUCACUAAAUCUCGAUCACAGAGUCAAGCAAUACGAAGCAGUAUAUACAUAUACUCAAUCCCCCUCCUUUGCCACCCACGUCAAGACUGUUCCCAAACAAUGGAUUCUCGCAGGCCGGUCAAUGGGCGCACGAGCAUCAGCAGCACUCUCUGCAUUGCCAUCCACGGAUUGUGUAGCUGUAUUAGCAUUCUCAUACCCGCUACAUAACGAGAGACAUACGGGUGGAUUGCGUGAUGCGCUACUCAAAAAUCUCACACGGCCAAUACUGUUUGUGUCGGGAAGUAAUGAUAAUAUGUGUGAUUUGGGUAUACUGGCUACGACAAGGACGAAGAUGCGUCAGCCAAAUUGGCUUGUGACGCUGGAGGGUGGUAAUCAUUCGGGGAGUGUAAAAGGUGGAGGGAAGGCUAAUGCAUCGGUUUUGGAGUGUGUUGGGGAGUUGUGUCGGUCGUGGGUGGAUUAUGUUGUUGAUGGAGAUGAGGGGAGCAAAUGGAAGGAUUCGGAAUGUAUGUUGAAGGCUGAAAAGGGUGGGAGUGUUGUGAGGACUUGGAGUAAGAAGGUUGGUACAGGUAGUAGUAGUAGUAAAGUAGGUGACGCAGAGCAAGCAGAUGAAUCUGGAAAAGCUGCUGAUGAAGACGCUGAAGAGGACGCAGAACCGCCUGUAAAGAAACGUAAAGCAGCAACGUCUAAGAAAGGCAAGGCCGCUGCUGCAGACGAUGAUGACACUGACGUCGAAGUUCCUCCUAAGGCAACACGCAAAACAGCUAGAGUAACCAAAAAAGUGAAGACCGUUGUUGAAGAAAACGAUGACGACGACGAGGAUGAAGAACCACCUAAAUGA